CAUCCCGCCCUUAACCAGGCCUCCAAACAUAACCUCCACCCUGAACCAAACACGGCCUCCCAACAUAACCAACUUGACCCAGACACGGCCAUCCAACAUCACCACAAACCCAACACAGUCAGGCCCCAUCACUGUAACAAACAUUAUAACAAUGUCAAGUUCUAAUACUCAAUCAAUAGAAAUCACUGGCAGGGAUAACUGCAGGAGAGAUAGAGCAUGUUUCUCCGCUCCACCUUCCUGUAAUCCAGGUGCACAAGGUUCCUGCUAUUUCCUCUCCACAAGAGGAGUAAGCGGAAAUGCAAAUAAUUUUACUUUUGAGCUCAGUGGAGAGACAGAUGGUUACAUUGGAGCUGGCCUUUCUAGAGACAUCAGUGGUCAGGGUGCCACCGUCUAUUCUUGCGCCAAUAUCAAUGGUGCACUGAAGUUGAUUCGUUCCACGCUGAACAAUCAAAUUCUGACUCAGGAUAAUACAUUCAUCCCUGGAAGCUUCCGUGGCUCAGUGAUUGGCAAAAAGAUUCAAUGCAUUUUCAAUGCUGCAGGUCUCAACAGCAUAGCCCGUGCUGCAACCACAGAAACUUUUGUCUUCCUUUUAACAGGCAGUGUAUCAAAUGGUUCUCUUGAAUCUCCAGUCAGUAAACUAGCCACCAAUGGGUCAGUAGACUUAAGCAACCCUAACAGCACAGAUGUAUCAGUAAUAACCAGUACAAAUGCCACUGUAUCUAAUACCACAUCAAUAUCAACCACUACACCAUCUACGAACCUGACCCGGACUGUCCCUCCCAACAUGAAUGCCAAUGUGACAAAAAUGGGUCCCCUCAACACGACUGCAAACCUGACCCAGACGCGUCCUCCCAACGCCACCUCCAACAUGACACAAAUGGGUCCCCUCAACACGACUGCAAACUUGACCCAGACGCGUCCUUCCAACAUGACCGCCAACAUGACCGAAAUGGGUCCCCUCAACACGACUGCAAACUUGACCCAGACGCGUCCUCCCAACACGACUGCCAACAUGACCCAAAUGGGUCCCCUCAACACGACUGCAAACUUGACCCAGACGCGUCCUCCCAACAUGACCGCCAACAUGACCCAAAUGGGUCCCCUCAACACGACUGCGAACUUGACCCAGACGCGUCCUCCCAACACGACCGCCAACAUGACUCAAACACGCCCUGCCAACAUAACCACAAACUUAACCCCAAAACCGUCAGGCUCUAAUACCUUGGCCAACGGCUACACCAAUAACCCACCAUUGGAAAUCACUGGCAGGGAUAACUGCAAGAGAGAUAGAGCAUGUUUCUCCGCUCCACCUUCCUGUAAUCCAGGGGCACAAGGUUCCUGCUAUUUCCUCUCCACAAGAGGAGUAAGUGGAAAUGCAAAUAAUUUUACUUUUGAGCUCAGUGGGGAGACAGAUGGUUACAUUGGAGCAGGCCUCUCUCGAGACAAAAGUGGUCAAGGAGCCACUGUCUAUUCUUGUGCCGCAGUCAAUAAUGAACUGAAGUUUUUCCGUUCCACACUCAACAAUCAAAUACUGACUCAGGAUAGCACAUUAAACCCUGGAAGUUUCCGUGGUUCGAUGAUUGGAAAAAAGAUUCAGUGCAUUUUCACUGCUGCAGGUCUCAGCAGCAAUGCCCGUGCUGCAACCACAGAUAGUUUUGUCUUCUUUUUAACAGGAACCGUCUCAAAUGGUUCUCUGGAUUCUCCAGUGACUAGACUAGCCACAAAUGGGUCAGUGGACUUAAGCAACCCUAACAGCACAGAUGUAUCAGUAAUAACACCCAGUAUAAAUGCCACCACUACAUCCCCAAACACCACUGCAUCUACUCCAUCCGGAAUAUCUACAGCUAAUAAUGGCACAACCAAUGACAAGGUCACCAAAGACAACUGUAAGAAGGACAGGGCAUGUUUCUCCACUCCAGCCGACUGUGAUCCAUCCAGCUCAAGUAGCUGCUUUUUUGCCUCCACAAGAAGAGUGAACGGAAACUCUGACAAUCUCACUUUUGAGCUCAGCGGGGAUACACCUGGUUACAUUGCAGUUGGCUUGUCUCGAGACAAGAAGGGUGAUAAUGACACAGUCUAUUCUUGUGUCAACGACAAUGGUGUGGCGAGGUUCAUCCGUGCCACGCUGAAUAAUACCAUUCUGACUCCGGAUAAGUCUUUUAACCCCGGAUCCUUCCGUGGCUCUGUGAACAGCACUAGGAUUCAGUGCAUUUUUGUAGCUGCGGGUCUCAGCAGCACUGCCCGUGCGGCAAAUACAAGUACUUUCCUCUAUAUCUUCACUGGCAACUAUACAAACGGCACUCUAGGGUCACCAGUCACACGACUGUCUACAAAUUCACAGGUUGAUCUAACCAACACUAACAGCUCAGAGGUCAUAACACCCACUACUGUGGUUUCUACUACAGUAAAACCUGCUACAACAGCAGGGAGCAAUGCACUGCAUCACGCUGCAUCUCAGGCUGCUCUGCUAAUUCUCUCAGGGAUCCUUGCAGUCCUCCUGUUGUAAGGAUACUGCGAACACAUCAUUUACUUUCUGAAAUUGGGCAAUGAGCCUUGAACGCUUGAUGAACCCAACACUGAAGUAUAUGUAACUGUGCAAUAUUGGGACUUUGAGAACAGUGAAGAAAAGAGCUGAAAAUGUUGGGAAGACGGCAAUACACCAUUUUUGUGACCUGUGUGUAUGUGGGAGAGAGGUUAUGUUUGAGAGUGUUUUUGUGAGCAUUAGUGUUCAUAUUCUAAUAACGUACUGCUUGGUUCCUUCACAGAGAGGGC